CGAUCAUCGGCCCGUGAGGUGGUACGUGAAAAUUACCCCGUCGCGCCCGACCAUUACAACGGCGCCGGCCGAGCAAACGCCGCCGCCACGAUGCCGCCCGCCACCGGCGCCGUCGCAUCCGCCGCCGGGACCGUGCUCCUUGGGAGGUACGAGCUCGGCGGCCUCCUGGGCCGCGGCGCGUCCGCCAAGGUGUACCUGGCGCGGGACCUGCGCACCGGCCGGUCCGUGGCCAUCAAGUCGUUCCCCAACCCGCGCGCCGCCAGCGACCGGCCCGUGGCCAUCGAGCGGGAAGCAGGCAUCCUCCGGCGCCUGCGGCACCGCCACGUGGUGCGGCUCCACGAGAUUCUGGCGACGCGCACAAAGGUUCACUUCGUUCUCGACCUCGCCGCCGGCGGCGAGCUGCUCUCGCUCGUGGACGCGUCGGGCCGCAUGACGGAGGACCUGGCGCGGCACUAUUUCCGGCAGCUGGUGUGCGCCGUGCGCUACUGCCACGCGCGCGGCGUGUGCCACCGCGACAUCAAGCCCGAGAACCUCCUGCUGGACGGGGCCGGCGCGCUGAAGGUGGCCGACUUCGGGCUCGGCGCAGUGGCCGGCGCCGGCGGGGACCUCCUCCGGCACACGACGUGCGGCACCCCGGCGUACGUGGCGCCGGAGAUCCUGUCGCGGAAGGGGUACGAGUACGACCCGGCGAAGGUGGACAUCUGGUCCUGCGGCGUCGUGCUGUUCGUGCUGGCGGCCGGGUACCUGCCCUUCAACGACGCGAGCCUGGUGAACAUGUACCGCAAGAUCUACGCGGGCAGGUUCCGGUGCCCCGCGUGGUUCUCGCCCGCGCUGCGCGACCUGCUGCGGCGCGUGCUGCACCCGGACCCGUCGGCGCGCGCUGACGCGGACAGCAUCGUGGCGCACCCCUGGUUCCGGCACGGCGCCAGCGACGAGGAGAUGGGACGCCUGAUGCACGGCGGCGGAGGAGAUGAAGACGAAGAAGCGUGGGUCGGGGCGGCGGCGGACGAGGACGACGCGGGCAGGGAGCCGACCGCGUUCGACAUCCUGAGCUUCUCCCCCGGGUGCGACCUGUCGGCGCUGUUCCUGGGCGGGGGGUGCAAGGAGCGGGUGUUCGUGGGCGAGGCCGCCGCGGGCGUGCUGGGCCGCGUGGAGGCGGCCGGGCGGAAGGGAGGGUACCGCGUGCGGAAGGAAGGGAAGAGGGGCGUGCGCGUGGAGGGGGAGGAGGGCGGCGUCGUGGCCAAAGUGAGCGUGGUUAGGCUCGCCGACGCCGUGUCCGUGGUGGAGGUGGUGAAGGACGACGGCGCCGACGCCGCGCUGUUCUGGACCGAGCUGCUUGAGCCGGCCGUGUGCGUGCCCGCCACCGCGUUGUGUCAUGUGUGAAUAUUUUGUUGGUUC